AAGGACAAACCUGAUAACCACAGCGAUCCCGUUCACUGAACUUUGCUAAGGAGGAUGCCAAGCAAGAAGGAUAAUUGUCCUCUUUCAUUAGAAGCAAGGGCCAGAACCACGUUCGCGGCUGCCCGGACAGAAAGCGCCAAACUUGUGGAGGAAACAAAUGCCUAUAUUGAUUCGGUACAGACCACUCUAGCCUAUAUGAAGGAGCAACACGAAACAAAUCGCUCCGACCUCCCAGCGCGACUCAAGGUCGAUGAGGAGAAGAUUGAUGCAUUGUGUGCAGCCUACUCACCGUUACUCGACGGAGUCGUUCACCAGCGCAUACAAACUGAGGAUACGAUGAAGACUACGGUGGAAGCAUGGGAAGUAGACAUGCGCAAAUCACGAAAGAGGCUGAUGGAGAAGGCAAAGGCACGCCUUGAUGAUGCACGAGAAAAGCAGAAGCUCGCCAUGGAUGCCUCCGAACUCGUGAAACAUUACAAAGCACUCGUCCUUGGGCGGUAAAUAUUUUUCCGAGUGCUUUCCAGUUACGUUCGCAGUCUAUGUUCCCUCUCUCUGAAAUUCGCACGUGUUUUCCUCGUCUCCUGAUGAAUCAAGUGACUGGUCUUAGUCGGUCAACCUGUU